AUGGCCUCCUCGUACGCGUUUCAGCAUAAGCAGGCGGUUACGCGAGAUUAUAUAUCGAACCCCAGAAUAAGUUACAGGACUGUUUCUGGAGUCAAUGGUCCAUUGGUUAUCUUGGAUGAUGUCAAGUUUCCGAAAUACGCCGAGAUCGUGAAACUCACAUUACCUGAUGGCAACGUUAGAAGUGGUCAAGUUCUCGAAGUUAGUGGCAAAAAGGCUGUUGUUCAAGUUUUUGAAGGCACGAGCGGCAUCGAUGCUCAGAAAACAGUUUGCGAAUUUACCGGCGACGUUCUUAGAACCGCAGUUUCUGAAGAUAUGCUUGGACGCGUAUUUGAUGGUUCUGGCAAACCCAAAGACGGUGGUCCAUCAAUUUUAGCUGAGGAUUAUCUAGAUAUUGAGGGCCAACCUAUUAAUCCCUAUUCUCGUAUAUAUCCACGUGACAUGAUCCAGACUGGAAUAUCCAGUAUUGAUGUUAUGAAUUCCAUUGCUAGAGGCCAAAAGAUCCCAAUAUUCUCCGGUUCUGGUCUUCCUCAUAACGAUAUCGCUGCUCAAAUAUGUCGUCAAGCUGGUCUAGUCAAGAAGGAAGGAUGUGACGCUGCCCAAGAUGAAAAUGACAAUUUCGCCAUUGUGUUUGCUGCUAUGGGUGUCAAUAUGGAAACCGCUCGUUUCUUCAUACGAGAUUUCAAGGAGCAUGGUUCUAUGGAUAAUGUUUGUUUGUUCCUUAAUCUGGCUAACGAUCCGACUAUCGAAAGAAUUAUCACUCCUCGUAUUGCUCUUACCACUGCUGAAUAUCUCGCUUACCAGUGUGAGAAACACGUUCUCGUUAUUCUCACUGACAUGAGUUCCUAUGCUGAAGCUCUUCGUGAGGUUUCAGCUGCUCGUGAAGAGGUGCCGGGUAGACGAGGCUUCCCCGGUUAUAUGUACACUGAUUUGGCAUCGAUUUACGAGAGAGCUGGUUGUGUUGAGGGUCGAGGUGGAUCCAUUACACAAAUCCCUAUUCUCACCAUGCCCAACGAUGAUAUCACUCAUCCAAUUCCUGAUUUGACGGGCUAUAUCACCGAGGGACAAAUUUAUGUUGAUAGUCAAAUUAAUAAUCGGCACAUCUACCCACCCAUCAAUGUUCUUCCAUCGCUUUCUCGUCUCAUGAAAUCUGCUAUUGGCAAGGAUAUGACUAGAGACGACCACUCUGAUGUUUCCAAUCAACUGUACGCCUGUUAUGCAAUCGGGAAGGAUGUACAAGCCAUGAAGGCUGUGGUUGGUGAAGAAGCAUUGACCGGUGAGGACUUACUCUACUUGGAGUUCUUGACCAAAUUUGAGAAGCUUUUUAUUUCUCAAGGCCAUUAUGAAAAUCGUAGCAUCUACACUUCUCUUGACAUGGGCUGGGAGCUCCUUCGUACCUUCCCCAAGGAACUCCUCAAACGCAUUCCUGAGAACAUUAUUGAAAAGUACUAUCCUCGUAAUCUGGAACCUCAAAAUUAA